AUACAACCAGAAUGGAUGAUUCCUCUUCAGCUUAAUUGGAUUUUCAACAGCCAUACAACAGGAACAGUGGUCGUCGCUCCUGCUCUCUAACUCGCUGCUUUUCAUGUCUCUGUCAUCGGGGAGAAAAAGGGGGGAGUGCGCUGUUUCUCUCUCCCUGCCCCAGACCCUCCUCCUCAUCUGGUAGCCCGUCCAUCUCAGAGCAUCGGCGGUGAGUUUUAUGGGGAGAGUGGCCGCUCCCUGCAACGGCCCCGGCAGGAUCGUGUCCUUUCUCACCGCAGUUCCGUGCUUAUCCUGCAAACAGCAGCGGCGGCGGCGGCAUCAUCAGUCUGCGGCAGUGGACCGGGGCAGGAGGAGCAUGAGCGAGCAGGGCAAGAGUGCCGCGUCCACGCCAGCGAGCGGGACACCAGCCCCGGGCUCGGACACAUACAAAGGCUGGCUCUUUAAAUGGACUAACUACAUCAAAGGUUACCAGCGCAGAUGGUUCGUGCUCAGCAACGGGCUGCUGUCCUAUUACAGGACACAAGCAGAGAUGGCCCAUACGUGCCGCGGCACCAUCAACCUGGCCACGGCGCACAUCGACACCGAAGACGCCUGCAAUAUUGUUCUGAGCAGUGGGGGGCGCACGUACCAUCUGAAAGCCAGCACAGAGGUGGAGAGGCAGAGAUGGGUCACAGCACUGGAGCUGGCCAAGGCCAAAGCCAUCAGAAUGAUGAACGAUCAGUCCGACAAUGGCCCCACAGCCCCGCUAACACACUGUUAUCAGUCUGAUGACUCUGCGGACGAGGAGCCCAUCUCUCAGUCAGACCACAGUGAGAUCCAGGGCACUCUCAAGACUCUGGCCAGUAAGUUGGAUGACUUGAGCACGUGCAAUGACCUGAUAGCCAAGCACGGAGCGGCGCUGCAGCGGUCUCUGAGUGAGCUCGAGACCUUACGUGUGCCUCUGGAGGGAGGAGAGAAAAUCAAGGCUGUCAACGAGAGAGCCACCCUCUUUCGCAUCACCUCCAAUGCUAUGAUCAAUGCGUGUCGAGAUUUCUUGGACCUGGCAGAGAGCCACAGCCGCAGAUGGCAGCGAGUACUUCAGCAUGAGCGAGAGCAGCGCACACACCUGGAGGAGACCAUUGAGCAACUAGCCAAGCAGCACAACAGCCUGGAACGAGCCUGGAGAGAGGCCCCCGCGCACGCCGUCAACACGCCCGCUACGCCCGCCACCGACACAGGAGUGAGUGAAAGGCCCAGGAAAGAGGAGGCGAGUGAUGAAGAUGAGGAUACAGAGUAUUUUGAUGCCAUGGAAGACUCACCUGCUUUUAUAACAGUGACUGCCACAGACCCCUCUCACCACAGACGUUCUCAGAGUAAUCUCAGUGGUGCUAGUGGAGGACAGCCCAGUGACUGGAACCAGGAAGACAAUUGUUCUGUGAGCAGUAAUGAUUUUUCAGGGAAAGAGCUGCAGCCUCACAGGAAGAGGCGGACCCAGAUCCCAGAGAAGCCCAACUAUUCGCUCAAUCUGUGGAGCAUCAUGAAGAAUUGCAUUGGCAAAGAACUCUCUAAGAUCCCAAUGCCUGUGAACUUCAACGAGCCCCUGUCCAUGCUGCAGCGCUUGACCGAGGAUUUGGAGUACCACGAGCUGCUGGAUAAGGCGGCGCGCUGUGAGAACUCUCUGGAGCAGAUGUGUCUGGUCGCAGCCUUCUCCGUCUCCUCAUACUCCACCACAGUGCACCGGACGGCCAAGCCCUUCAACCCUCUCCUGGGAGAGACCUAUGAACUGGACCGCCUGGAAGAAUUCGGCUAUCGUUCCAUCUGUGAACAGGUCAGUCAUCAUCCGCCGGCAGCCGCUCAUCAUGUGAUGUCACAGCGAGGCUGGACCCUGUGGCAGGAAAUCACCAUUGCUAGCAAGUUCCGUGGCAAAUACCUCUCUAUCAUGCCUCUGGGUGUGAUCCACCUACAGUUUCAUGCGAGUGGAAACCACUAUGUGUGGCGUAAAGUCACCUCCACCGUGCACAACAUCAUUGUGGGCAAACUGUGGAUUGAUCAGUCAGGAGAUAUUGACAUAGUCAACCACAGGACCAAAGAGACCUGUCAGCUCAAGUUCUCUCCGUACAGUUACUUUUCAAGGGAAGUCCCACGAAAGGUCACAGGGGUGGUGAAGGACAGUGACAGCCAGGCCCACUACAUCCUGUCAGGUACAUGGGAUGACAAGAUGGAGAGCGCCAAGAUCAUGCAGAGUAGCAGAGGAAGCAGCAGCUCUGAGGGCAAACAGAAGACUGUCUAUCAGACGCUCACACCCAAACUGCUGUGGAAGAAAUACCCUCUACCAGAGAAUGCUGAGAACAUGUACUGUUUCUCCGCUCUGGCUUUGACCCUGAAUGAGGAAGAGGAGGGUGUGUGUUGGACGGACAGCAGGCUGAGGCCAGACCAGCGGCUGAUGGAAGCGGGACGCUGGGACGAGGCCAACGUAGAGAAGCAGAGGCUGGAGGAAAAACAGAGAGCUAGGAGGAGGAGGAGAGAAGCUGAGGCCUCUAAGGCCAUCGAUGAAGGACAGGACUUUGAAAGCUACAUGCCGCUGUGGUUCCACCAGAGGACGGAUGGACUGACGGGAGAGACUAUUUACGUUUAUAAGGGGGGUUACUGGGAGGCCAAAGAAAGACAAGCCUGGAAUAUGAGUCCCGAUAUCUUCUGAACACGCAAAACAAUUGACUAACUCUGCAGACAGACAAAGACAAAAGAGGAAUACAUGGAAUACCUCUACAUGGACUCAUCAGGGCCUUUGGACUGCAGAGGUAGUGGAGACACCUGCGCUGUUUGAUCUCUUAGAGCGCGUGUGUGUGUGUGUGUGUGUGUGUGUGUGUGUGUGUUUAAGUGUGUGUUUUUGCAGCCCAAUGACAUAUAUUCUUGCCCUACUCUUAAACAGACUACUAAAAUGGGAGAACAGAAGAAUGUUCUCUCUGAAGUUCACCUUAAAGACGAGUGUGUGGGAGAAAUGCGCAGUUGAACUCUUAGCCAAGUGCCGCCCCAGUUUAUCUUCCAAAGCAAAUCAGGUUCUUUUUAUUCAGUACAACCCCAUCACAAAUGCACUUUCCUCUCUUCCCAGCAGUGAAGUACACUGGACUGAGUCUUGUUUAUAAAGAGAUCAUAUCAAAGAUGCUGGCCUGGACAGCACAUGAAGAAAGUCACAUAUGAAGGAGAGACUCACUCGACUUAACACAACGCAGCUGAAAUAUUUCAAAGAAUUGUCUGAUUGUUCAGCUUGUGUACUUCUUUUAGUUUCAUAUCAACAACAGUACCAUAUUUGGGCAAGGGAAGUUCUUGUAUUUGUAUAUCCCAGGAGCACAAUCAGGCUCCUAUUGGAAACAGCUGAAGACUUUCUCCCUGGCUCCGCCCCCUUUGCAUAGCAAAUAACAGUAAAGAUUCAUCUCAUGUCUUCAGUUAACCAAUGAGCUUCAGGCAAGCAUUAAAAGAGCCCUUGUGUCUGUUGUAUUGGACAGUGCAGGUAUUCGGACACAAAUGUGUUUUACACCCAUGAAUUGUCAUGCACAUUAAUUAGCUGCUUCCUGCAUUGGCUCAGUGGAGCCCCCAGUGGUCAUUAUCAUGUUACUGUGACUGCCACAGUACAAUGCAUAUCAAUGCAAUAAAAAAAAAAAAUACUAUUUUGUACAAUCAGGAUAC